AUGUCGAGCUCCACCAUCCAAGCGCUUUUGAUCCUCGUGCUGCUCGCAGCGGCGAGAAUCGACUGUCGUUCAGUCGCUCCACUCGCCGCUCAAAGCAGCGUCGCCCUCGUUCGUAGGACGCCAACGCCGAAUGAGAAGGAAAACUUGAAACAUUUUCUGCCAGCGGGAUCUUCCAGCUUCUCAUCUCAGGACUCGUCCACUUUCAAGUCGGACGACUCAUCCAAAUAUUCGUCGGAGGGCUCAUCCAGCUUCAAAUCGGACGGCUCCAUGAGCUCAUCCAAUUCCAAGGGCUUUGCAAGCCCAAGGACUCCCUUGAAGCCCAAUGCUCUCAAACGCAAAAGCAGUGCCUUGGCCUUUCCUGGCAUCCUGGAAGAGCCGCAUCCCACAGGGGGCGUAGAGCAUCCAGCGAGCCUUCAACCCCACAAGGAGCUCGACACGCUCAAAGACGAAGGCCAAUGGAAAGUUCACAGCGACGAAGAAUGGGUACCGCAUAGCAUGCCCAAAGGCUAUCAUCUUCAAGAAUUUCGAUUGGCAGGGUCCUACUACGCUGCCACACCGGAUGGUGGGCUCCGCUACAUUCCCUCGCGAGACACUGCGGUGCACGAAAAAGAGAAGAUGCCCGGAGAGCGUUUGUAUGGCAAGCUUAGGGGCGGUAUACUCAUGACAAAGGCUCAAGGGAAAGGCUACACCCGUUCGCCAUACCAUCGCCACAUGUUCCUCGAGGAGAUGGCGGGCAAAGAGUUUUACCCGCACGACGUGCUGAAGGGAGUCCAACUCCUUCGUCCAGCCCGCAAGUAG